ACCAUGUCUCAUCUUAUGAAAUAGUGAAAUAGAACAUUUGAGGAUCUGGGGUUUGUGUGCCUCCAGGAUGGGUCGGAGAGUAAAGCUGGUGUUCGGGGCGACUCGGCCGUGUCGAAAGGCACCACAGACAGCGGGGUGGUGAUGGAGAACCGAGAGGCACCGGCGCUGCCUGGAGCCGUGCCCGCGAAGCUCCCUCCUCUCACGUCUGAGAGCGUGAGAGAAAGUGAGGCGGACAGGGUAACACAAGAUGGUCUGCUGCAGAAGGAGAGCGCAGCACAGGAGCGCCUGAAGUCCAGCGAGAUCCUGGAAGAGCUGCUGAAUGAGGGCAUCAUCCCGGUGGAGCCGGCCAGAGGGACCAACAGCAGGGCCGGGGAAGCUUAUAGCAUCAUGCUGGACGACAGUGAAGAGGUCAGACGAAGGCCUCCUGCCAGACUGGAGUCUCUGAGGGUGAAAAAGACUCAGAGCGUCCACAACAAAGAAGAGAUCGAUGAAAAGAUGCGGCAGGUUGAAGAGAGGCGGAAGUCAAGAGAAGACGAGCUCAAGACUCGCUUGAGGACCAAGUCUGCGCUCGUGCGCCGCCCAGCUCCCGUCCCCACCACUGAGGAGGAAGGAGGUGCAACUCUCACCUUUGUGGAGCCGCUCCAGUCACCCCUGUCCCCCGACCCGCCCCGAGGUCCACAAGUCUACGGCCAGAUCACAGGCGGCGCCGCUGAAGAAGAGGAAGAGGAGAGCUGCAGGGAGGCUGCGAGUGAUGGCAGGCAGCACGAGGCGAAAACGAGGAGGUCAGACGCAAAAGCAGGGCAGAGCAGAGCUGAUCAAGGGGAAACUGCAAAGAGGGAGGGAGAGGAGGAGCAAAAUGAGAAAGAGGAGUUGACCCGAGUGGAGGAGUUCAGGGCAGACAAGGUCGUCUCCACCUCCUGGGAGCUGGAGAGCGAUUCAAGCUUUCAACAAGCUGAAGACAAAGACGAAAUAUUUUGA